AUUUUCGGCCCAAUGCAUCCAGGCAAUGUUGUUGGUGGACCACAAGGUCAACAGGGUGGUGCAAUGCCCCAAAAUGCUGGCCAGCAAAGUGGUAUCAGCCAAAUGAUAGGUAUUUCCCAGAAUAUGCAACAGAAGGUAAAUAUGCCAAUAGGUCAGGGUGGCCAGAUGUUUCAGGUUAAUCGUGGUGUUCCGGGUCAGUAGCAGCAGUUCUUACGGCAAAGUCCUUCACCAAGUACUGUGCCAUCUGCCACUGGUAUGUCGGCUGCACAACAGCAAUUACAACAGCAGCAGGCUGCACAAAAUCAACAGCAACAACAGCAGACUCAAAUGUCUAAUGCGCAGAUGAUUCCAAGCCCUGCAUUAGUACCCACAUCCAGCCCACAAAUGUCAAACCUCAUGCAGAGUACACAAAGGCAGAUGCGUCAAUCACCAAGUACGCAGCUUAAUACGCCUGGUCAGGUGGCAAGCAGUAGUCCUUUUAAUCCGCAAGAAGAUCAUUUGUAUCGCGAAAAAUACAAACAGCUGACAAAGUAUAUUGAUCCACUAAAGCGGAUGGUGGCCAAAAUUGGUACUGAUGGAGCGAAUACUGAAAAACAUACAAAAAUGAGCAAAUUACUGGAGAUCUUGAGUAAUCCAAACCAGCGUGCACCUUUAGAAACUCUGUUGAAAUGCGAGAAGGCGCUAGAAAAACUAGAUAUCGUUAAUUUCUCUGGGCAACAAUUCAGAAAAUCAUCUAACCCAUUGAUGGAAGUGGUAAAUACUACGCUCCAAAGUCCACUUGCCAAUCACACGCUUUAUCGAUCAUAUCGUCCUAGUUUGGAGUUACUUUUCGGUACUGAUAUUUGCGCUCCUGCACCAGCAUUUGUACCCAUAGGACCAGCAGCGUUCAAACGUGCGUUCAUCAUUUGAUUUAAUUGCUGAUGGUUCAUGCUGAUUUGCGCCAUUUGCUGUUGACCCAUUUGUUGAAUCUGCUGUACAUUCAUAGCAUUCACGUUCAUUGGCCCUCCCGGGAUCUGCCCUGGACCUAACUGCAUUUGUUGGGAAGACCCACCAGGGCCACCAGAACUGCUAAUUUGAUUCAUGUGAUCUGAAAAUCGAAAAAAGAUUAAU